AAUUGGUCGCACGACGUAGUUACAAAUUACAAGAGUCGCUAUCAGCGUGAUGGACCAAGCGGAGUACCUGUCCAUGUGCCUGAUGGCGCUCGCCGGCGCGACGACGCACCGGCGGCACGGCGUGCCAACGCUAUCCGCAUCGGCACCACCCGAGCCCCUGCUCCACUUCCGGUGCCCUCUCUGCAGCAAGGCGUUCGCGUCGUACCAAGCGCUCGGCGGCCACAAGGCGAGCCACCGCAAGCCGAAGCUGGCGCACGAAGGCGCGGGCCCAGUUACUCAAAAGGGAUACUCGAAGCCAUCGGCGUCAUCCAGCGGGGGCACCGGGCGACACGUCUGCACGGUGUGCCGCCGGGCCUUCGCCACCGGGCAGGCGCUCGGCGGGCACAAGAGGUUCCACUAUUUGCACGAUCCGUCGCUGUCGGCGUCGCUGCCCAGUGCGGGGUCAAGCGCGGGUGGGUUUGACCUGAACUUGGCGCCCAGGGCGCCGGAGAUUGCGUUUGCCGGUGUGAGACGGCGGGGCGAGGAUGAGGAGGUGCAGAGUCCCUUGCCGGCUAAGAAGCAACGCCGGCCGUCAAAUUCUACGUGACCCAUUUAUUUGAGCGAUGGCUACGGAAUCAAGAUGCGCGGCUGCCCUUGAUUCAGACGUGAACGCAAAUAACGUGUAACAUAUGUUCCUUUCGGUCGUCAUGUACGUACCCGUUUUUGCAGAUAACGAUUAUGGAUAUUUUUAUCAAAUAUAGAUGUAUGUUUAAUAAUAAAAUA